CUCACUCCUCACUCUCUCACUCUUACUCACUUCUCUCACUCUAAUCGAUCGUGCAGACAGUUUUCGCUCUAUCAUUCAUCUCUUCGAUUUUCCGUGUUCGAAUCGCGUUUCAGAGGAAAAAUGAGGGAAAUCCUUCACAUUCAGGGUGGGCAAUGCGGUAACCAGAUUGGUUCGAAGUUCUGGGAAGUUGUCUGUGACGAGCAUGGUAUAGAUCAAACUGGAAGAUACGUUGGGACCUCCGAUUUGCAAUUGGAGCGUGUCAAUGUAUACUACAACGAAGCGUCUUGUGGUCGGUUUGUGCCUCGUGCAGUCCUCAUGGAUCUUGAGCCUGGAACCAUGGACAGUGUUCGAACUGGUCCAUAUGGCCAGAUUUUCAGGCCAGAUAACUUCGUUUUCGGUCAGUCCGGUGCUGGAAAUAACUGGGCUAAAGGGCAUUACACAGAGGGAGCUGAGCUUAUCGACUCGGUUCUUGAUGUCGUGAGGAAGGAGGCUGAGAAUUGUGACUGCCUUCAAGGUUUCCAAGUAUGUCACUCUCUUGGUGGAGGAACUGGUUCUGGGAUGGGGACUUUGUUGAUAUCGAAGAUCAGGGAAGAAUAUCCCGAUAGGAUGAUGCUGACGUUUUCCGUGUUCCCGUCUCCCAAGGUUUCGGAUACUGUGGUCGAGCCUUAUAAUGCCACACUAUCAGUUCAUCAGCUUGUUGAGAAUGCAGAUGAAUGUAUGGUGCUUGAUAACGAGGCUCUUUAUGAUAUUUGUUUCAGGACGCUCAAACUAACCACACCUAGCUUUGGUGAUCUUAACCACUUAAUUUCGGCAACAAUGAGCGGAGUCACAUGCUGCCUCCGCUUCCCUGGUCAACUCAACUCCGAUCUCCGAAAGCUCGCAGUCAACUUAAUCCCUUUCCCCCGUCUCCACUUUUUCAUGGUCGGUUUCGCCCCUCUCACCUCCCGAGGCUCCCAGCAGUACCGCGCCCUAACCGUACCGGAGUUGACUCAACAAAUGUGGGACUCCAAAAACAUGAUGUGUGCUGCCGACCCCCGCCAUGGUCGUUACCUAACCGCCUCCGCCAUGUUCAGGGGUAAAAUGAGCACCAAAGAAGUCGACGAACAAAUGAUAAACGUCCAAAACAAGAACUCAUCUUACUUUGUCGAAUGGAUUCCAAACAACGUAAAAUCGAGCGUUUGUGAUAUUCCACCGAAAGGGCUUUCAAUGGCUUCGACUUUUAUCGGAAACUCGACUUCGAUUCAAGAAAUGUUUAGGCGAGUGAGCGAGCAGUUUACUGCCAUGUUCAGGCGAAAGGCUUUCUUGCAUUGGUAUACUGGUGAAGGUAUGGACGAAAUGGAGUUUACUGAGGCGGAGAGUAAUAUGAACGAUCUUGUUUCCGAGUACCAGCAGUACCAGGAUGCUACUGCAGACGAUGAAGGUGAGUAUGAAGAAGACGAAGAGGGCAUUGAGGAAGAUAUUUAAGGAAAUUAAAAAUAAAAAAUAAAAAACCCCCUGCUUUAAAUAUUGUGUUUCCUAUGUUUUCGUUUGAUUACGGAAUUCGGAAAUAUUCUCGUUUCUGUGUAAUGUUUUCUUGUAUUUCUGCUUGUUUUGGAGAUCCGAAAACUGCCCAGUUUUCUGCGCGACCGUGUUUUAGUAGUGUAGCCAAAAGGGAAGUAGGGGGAGAGUCUUGAUUACUGUUGUCACAUUUCAAUUUCUGAGUGUUGUUAUAUCUCUUUUUCUUCAUGUUAUUCUGAGUGAGAUGUUGAUUUUCGAUU